AUGGCGUCAACAUCAGAUGUGCACGGUUCUUCUCCUGUGCCAACCCUGCCCCAACCCAACGACAACGGUCGUUCACACAUGUCUUCUCUCUCAUCAUCCUCCUCCAUCUCCGACGCCGAAACAGAACGUAGAGGACGCUCAGAGAGACCUCGUAUGGCCAGUCGGAAACCGAGUGCCUCGAUACUAGUUCCACGGGAUCAUCCUGAAAUCGAAAUCGAAGAAGAGGAAUUCCCCCCUGACGACGCGCGCGCUAUGAGUCCUCGACGCAACUCGGCUGAUUUGGAGCGACUGGGCAAGGAAGCCAGGCAGACACUACAAGAACAAGCCAAGGCCCUCCAGUCCUCCCUUCAGGCGCUCGCCGAACGUAUCGAAGCCGUCAAAUCCGACCAUGAUAAGCUCGAAAGCGAGAACCGAUUUCUUCAAGACUACAUUGGUGGAUUAACCCGCAACAUGACCAAGAGCGAAAUGACAAGGAGUAGCACCAAGGUCAAAAAGUCGCAGAAAUAG